UGACCCGUGGGAGCCAGAAGCCGGGCCAGAGGAGCUGUCGCCAAGGGCGGGGCCUACCCCAGGAAAGUCUGGAGGCUGCGCGAUUGUGUUGUGUGUGCAGCUCUGCAGCACAGGCCUUACUCUGGGUUGGGGAGGGAUGAGAAGGGCAAGUCGUCAAACGCUCUUGGAAUGGUAGUCACCUGUCUGUAUUAUGGGUUCUGAAAGAAGGGUAGGAGGAGUCCAUUGCUCAAAGCAGAGGCGCCUUGGGUGGGCAGAGACAGUGGCAGAAGGGCUCAAACUGCACCGGUGGAACGGAAAGCUGCUGGGUAGGGGCAGCCAAACAGGCUGUGAAUGUAGAAGGGAUCAGCUCCUAGGAGGAGGAGGAGGAGGAGGCGGCGGCGUGAACGCCAGGAGCUGGGCAGAACCAGUAGGGGCGCCUAGGAGAAGAGAAUGAUGCGCUCUGAGUGAGGCUAAAAGACCAUAGAUUUUAGCCUCGUGUGAGACACAAGGACCCUUCAGGUACAACCAGAUAAGAUGGCCUGCGAGAAGAAGUGCCCACCUUGGCUCCUGUAGCAUGCUCUUGGGAAAAUCACUUGAAGCCCCUGUAUCUCCCUUUUGCUCCUGGGGUGGCAUUUCCCUCCGGGAGACUUUCUGAUCACAUCCAGCCCCUAGGACUCAGGAUGCCCUUCUCAGCAGCUUGGCAAGGGCAAGUUACUCCCCAUCUUUUAGGUGGGAGCUUGAGCCCUGACCCAGGCAAAGUAAUCCUGGGUCACAGGCUCUUGAGGCUUUUCCUUCUAGCUCAUAGAUGCCAGCACCCAAAGACAGCCAGGAAUGGGAUGUAGCUUCAGGAGGUCACCAGAAGUCCCCACUGGAAUCCUCUCUGCCCCUCCCUUUCAGAUUAACUGAAACCUGCUAAUUGUGGCAGCCUUUGCAAGCUCCCCUCCCCCCACAGCCUCUUCCUCCCUCCCCUCCCCCUUCCAUAAGAAUGAUAAAGGGCCCAGCCCGCCGGCCCUGACCCGGCCUCCGGCCCCGGCCCAACCUUGCCACACUACCCGGCAGCCCUGAGCCUCCCCUAGGCUGGGCUCUAGACCACGCUGGCAGCCCCCCACACAUGGGACCCCGCAGCGACUCCCGCCUUGGGCUGCUGGAGGCAGAGUCGCCCCCCAAGAGGAGGAAGAAGAGAUACCUGCGACAUGACAAGCCCCCCUACACCUAUUUGGCCAUGAUCGCCUUGGUGAUUCAGGCUGCACCCUCCCGCAGGCUGAAGCUGGCCCAGAUCAUCCGGCAGGUCCAGGCCGUGUUCCCCUUCUUCAGGGAUGACUACGAAGGCUGGAAGGACUCUAUUCGCCACAACCUUUCCUCCAACCGAUGCUUCCACAAGGUGCCCAAGGAUCCUGCGAAGCCCCAAGCCAAGGGCAACUUCUGGGCAGUUGACGUGAGCCUGAUUCCACCCGAGGCGCUGCGCCUGCAGAACACCGCUCUGUGCCGGCGCUGGCAGAACCGGGGCACACGCAGAGCCUUCGCCAAGGACCUAAGCCCCUACGUGCUGCACGGCCGGCCCUACAGGACGCCCAGUCCUAUGCCACAGCCCAGAGAGGGCUUCAGCAUCAAGUCCCUGCUAGGGCACCCUCAAGAGGAGGCACCCUGGCCCCAACUUCCUAACCUGGCUAGACAGAACAGCCCAGAUCAGGCGGGCUUGGGGUGCAGGGGCGAGGAGGUGGUGCCCACACCACCACUUCCUUCCUCUGAGAGGCCUCUGUGGCCCCUGGGUCCCUUCCAGGGGCCCACAACAGUGGAGGGGGACACUUCCAAGGGAGCAAUCAUCGGGCCCUCUCCCCUAUCCCCACAACCCCCGACGUGGCCCCUCCAUGUACUACAAGGUACUCCAGACCCUGGGGGACUGCCCAGUGCAGAAUGCAGGGCCUCCUUAUGGGGACAGCUGCCUACUUCCUACUUGCCCAUUUAUACCCCCAAUGUGGUAAUGCCCUUGGCCCCACUGCCACCCACCUCCUGUCCCCAAUGCCCACCCUCAACCAGCCCAGCCUACUGGAGGAUGGCCUCUGAGUCCAGGGCUUCCCCAGGGCUGCUUUGGGAUCUAGACUCUCUCUUUCAGGGGGUGCCACCCAAUAAGAGCAUCUAUGACGUAUGGGUCAGCCACCCUCGGGACCUCACUGCCCCUGUCCCAGGCUGGCUGCUUUCCUGGUAUACACUGUGAGGAUCCCAAGACAGAGGCUGCCCCCGAUCCCUUCAGCUUGAUGGGGAGCCUUAGUUAGGCCAGGAGGAGGACAUUGGCAGCAUUCACCACAGCCUUGAAAUACCAGGCACCAGUCUUGCUAAGAGUCCACAAUGUUUAUUGGACUACCCCAGAAAGGGUUGCAGCCCAACUGGGCAGGACCCUGGCCCAGGUCAGUCAUGCCCCUGCUUCCUCUACACCUAGGAGUAAAGCUUGGAGGAGCAGGGUUCAGCCUGGAAUAGCCCUUCUUGGUCUCACCUUCAGGCCCACCACCAUUCAUCUAUCCAUCCAUCACCAUCUGUCCCCUCCCCUCGCUGGCUCCAGGCUGGGGGAGGGAGAGACUAAUGGUAGGUCCAGCUUGAAGUCCUGCUCUCCCUCAACUGUCUGGGAAGGAGGUAGCACCUUUUGGGAAAAGGGUAAGGGA